UCUCUCUUUUCCUCCCUUGAAUUGAAUCCUCUCUUCCUCCUCCUCUCCUCUCCUUCUCCCAUUUCCCACUACCACCAUGGAUCCCUUCCACCACCUCAACUCCUCCUUCUCCAACCCAUACCACCCCCUCCUCGCCUCCCCUCCCCACCACUUCGCCCCCGACCCACUCCCCCCUCCGCCUCCGCCUCUCCUCCCCGACCCCCCGCCCUCCUCCUCCGCCGACCGGGAGCGCCUCCCCCAGUGGUCCCACGCCGAGACGGCCGCCUUCCUCGCCAUCCGCGCCGACCUCGACCACUCCUUCCUCUCCACCAAACGCAACAAGGCGCUCUGGGAGGCCGCCGCCGCGCGCCUCCACGCGCUCGGCUUCUCGCGGACUCCCGAUCAGUGCAAGUCCAAGUGGAAGAACCUCGUCACCCGCUUCAAGGGCACCGAGGGGGCGCUGGCCGUGGCCCCGGAUCAGAUCAUGCUGCAGGGUGGUGCUGCGGCCGCGAGGGGGGCGUCGACUGCGGCUUCGCCGUCGUCGUUUCCGUUUCAUGAUGAGCUGAGGAGGAUAUUCGACGCCAGGGUUGAGAGGGCGCGGGCAUUGGAGAGGAAGAAGGUCAAGGGGAAGGAGCCCGAUGAGCAGGACGAUGGCGGCGGCGAGGGGGAUGAGGAGGACGACGAGGAGGCGGAGCAGGCCGAGGAAGAUGAUGGAGACGGAGCCUCGGGGGACACUACGAGGUCUGGGUCGAAGAAGCGGAGGAGGAAGGCGGUGGCGGCCGCGGCGGCGGCCAGGAGGACGUCGGGGUCGGGCGGGGUCGAGGGCGAGGUGGAGGCCAUGCUGCGGGAGUUCAUGCGGCGGCAGCUGGAGAUGGAGGAGCGGUGGAUGGAGGCGGCGGAGGCGCGCGAGGCCGAGCGCCGCGCACGCGAGGAGGAGUGGCGGACAGCCAUGGUCGCGCUCGGCGAGGAGCGGCUCGCGCUCGUCCGCCGCUGGCGCGAGCGCGAGGACGCCUGGCGGGCGCGCGCCGAGGAGCGCGAGGAGCGCCGCCACCAGCUCGUCGCCGCACUGCUCGCCAAGCUCAACGCCGGCGACGCAUCCGCCUGAUCCACGCAUCCAAUGUUGUUCUAUCCGCACGCACCGCCGCCGGACAAUGCACCGCCGCGAAGCGCGCGCCCCGACCGGCCGAUCCAUUUGCUAUGUUAGAUCAUCAGCCGUUCUAGUGAUCGAUCGAUCGAUCAAUCCAUGGUCUUUAGUCUUUCCCAUCUCAUCUUUUGUUAGGGUUUCUCUUUUCUCUGUAGAAGACAGUGAAGAAUGGUCAAGAAAUUCAAAUUAAGGAGGUGUACUGCUAUAGCUAGCUAGCUAGCUCAGUUUGAUCAAAUGGCCAGUCAGGUUAAUUUUGCAACUGAUGCAUCAAACGUCUGACUAAUUCUUUAGUUAGUUAAUUUGCUAGUAUUAAUUAGCUAGCUAGAGUAGAUAUCUAUCCAGCCCAUGCCAUCUUCAAGCUCUGAUCAUAUCAAGCUUCAGGAGGAAGACAUAUUGGCUCGAGCUAGCUUUUCCAACGCAUGGAUGGGUAGUUGCAUUUAUGCAUGCCUUUGCAUGAUCAAAUCGAUGUGCUAUCUAUAUAUCUUGUCCUUCCUCUUGCAACCGUGGCUAGCUAUAUCUUCUUUUGAAGAUGAUCGGUAGAAUCUCUGCAGGAACAAGGGUGGUGGUGGUGGUGGUG